GCCUCCGAGACGGGGUCUCGGUGGCGGCCUGGACUACCUGCGAGGAAGAUAAGAGGAUGUUUACCCACCAAGGCGUCAAACGUACUCACAUUCUGUACUUACUGUAAGCAGAAGUACAGAUAAUAAUUAAACAAAAAAAAAAAAAACUGACUGGGAAAACCAGAAGAACUGAUUGAACCUUUGGCCAUUUUCGAGGGGAAGUUUGCCCCAGUUCAGGCUCCCCAAGUAAAAUUGGUCAAGAACCGCCACUGGAUUCAACUUCUCUACUUCUAUAUUGGGCAAACCACUAAGAAGCGUGUUUUUAACAAGUUUGUCAAAUUUUAAAGAUAAAAAAAUUGCAUAUGCUUCAAAAUGAUGAAAAAUUAAGCCACUGCCUUCACUCUCAACCACUGAAAGCGCCGGACACGGGCUAGCUCACGAGCUAGCAACCUUCCGGCGCUCCUCGGGGCCCGGCGGACGGGCGGCAGGCUCCUCCGUGGCGUCACCUCCUUGCUCGCGGAUUCAAAUCACAAAACUGAACUGUUGUGUAAAUUGGAGCGUCCAGCGAAGAAGCGUUUUCGUCGCGUACGCACGGCUAGCUAGCUCACCGCACGCCGUAGUGAGAGAAACGGGAGAACAAUUCAAACUGAACUGCAUCUAUUUAGCUAUCCAUUUACAAUUAUACUAAUAUUCAUAAAGGGAGUCCUCGGUUUAAGACGAUUCAGCUUUACAACACCCUUCCCCCGUCCGCCAUUUUGUCUGGCUAAUCCUUGUCCCAGUUUUCGCACUUUUCGCCCUCCUUUUUAGACAUUACCGCCCCAAAGAAGAAAGCUGUGUCUUUUAGCAAUGCUUCUGCAGCCGAAAGAAAAUCCAUUACAAUGUAAACGAAGCUCAAGAUCAUAAAAAGAUCGGAGGAAGGAGAGACACCAACACCACCGCGGCUUCAGUCGGUCGACUGUGGUGACAAUUAUUAAAGACAAAGUCCGUAUUUUAGCACAUGUGAAGUGUUCCGUUCCUAUGUUGGAUCACAAACAAGGUUCUUUGAUACUUGUCGCGAUGGAGAGGAUUCAGGACUAUGUUCCUUUGCAAUAGCGAAGCACAGCCUCCCCUUCUUCUUCUCCAUCCACCUCUCAGCAGCCAUACUAAGUACAUCAUCUUGUUUAUUUCAAUGUAUUUGUUUUUUAUAGAAAGUAUUUUGAUGUCAAUUCUGCGUUUUAAUGGUGGAAUCCGACUCAAGUGGAAAUUCGAGUUAAAUCGCUACUGUAGGAACGGAUCUCAGUCGUAGACCAAAGACUAGAAAGAAAAUAAUCAAGACACGCGAUCAAAAUAAAGAUCACGGACCUUUGCUAAUGUGAACUGACUCAGCAAAAAUGCUAAAUUAGUCCGAGGAAUACAGUAAAUUGCCUCUCCCAAACCGUUGCAGAAUCGCCAUCAAUGCGCUUUGGUUCCUUCACAUCGCUGCUCUACCUUCUUUUUGCGCCUACCAAAUCCUUUAAAAGCAGGUUGAACUUUGGUUUUCUCACCACGAAGAUGACCAGGAAGUUGCCCAGGAUGCCGCAAAAGACCAGCACCCCAAACAGAACAGCUUCCACGGUCAGCGCGGCCGACAUGGCCUCACGUGCACGGCGGCAUUGUCCGCGCUCGCAGACGGGAACGCUUCGUCUCGUCCGGGGAAGCGGCCGAUCCGCCUCCUUUAUCUUUUACACGCACGCACGCAAUGUUACGCCCUCGCUGACGAGCCUCAAGGUUCAUUUAGUUUGAUGCGCAGACGUUUUCCAUCAUCUUCGUUCUGCAUCGGCGAGCAGCCACCUGAACAUUAGCUUUUAUCAUCCCAUAACUUUGUACUAGUUGACCUAUUCCCAAACAAGUGAGAACGUUGCAAUGUUUGACUGCAGAACUCCUUUGCGGUCAUUCGCUGUCGCUGAAUAAUCCCCGUGAGAUGUUUUAUGUUUCAAAUCCAGUCUACCUGAAUCUGAAGUCCCACCUGACUCCUUUGGGCCGUCAGCAUUUUCCUUUGCUCACUCGGCAAUUCGUCCUCAUCCCUCGGUGCUAAUUGUUUUCUGGUCCCUCUUCGGGGAUCAGACGGCGGUUGCACGCAGUCAGCUCGCACGGUCGUGACUUGAUGAAAUGUGUGCAUCAUCGCACAGCAUUUUGAGAUUGUCAUUUUCUCCCAAUAAACACAACAAGUCACACGCUGACCAAUCAAAUGGUCUUCGACUAGACACCAGAAGGUGCAAUUAACCACGUCGCUGAAUGAUGUCAUUCAGCAUUUGGUUUGGUGUUGUGCCGGGGGAUUUUUCUCAUGUGAAUACGCCCCUUUCCUCAAUAAAAGUUAGGACAGAGGCCUGCCACAAAUAUACCUGAAAAAAAAAAAAUACUGCAGUAAUUGACACCACCCACGUUCCCUCCCAAAAAGAGAUCUAUAAUUGUCUAUAGAUGCCACAAGAUGGCAGCAAAGCUAUACUUAUACAGGGCUUUGGGCUAAGCAUAAAGACGGAAAAAUCUGUGAUUAUGAAGGGGAACACUUUAAUGGUGUACAGUAUAGAGCUCGUGCACGUGACGUCACCAUUUUUACGACGCCAUUUUGCAGGUCAAAAAGAGCUGCUCGACAGUGUGGGGGACAUUGAACCAGAGGAGAAUAUUCACAAUGCCCGAGACUUGUCGUGCUAUUGGUUGUUACAACAGACAAGAGAGAUAUUCAAAGAGAUCCUUUUUUAGCAUACCAGGUGAAAAGAUCGAUGGAUUUCGGCAAUUAAAGUUGAUGGAUGGUGCCCAACCAAAUACACACGACUGUGUAGCGAUCACGUCACUUCAGGUAGGAAUUAUUCUUCUCAAUCUCAAAUUACAAAGAAGUAUUUAUAAUGCCAUGUUGGCUCGUUUGAGAACAAUGCGUAAAAAAAAAGAAAGGGAGUUCUCUCCAACAUACACGGAAGCGUGUUCCAGCCACACGUUAAACUUCGGUAAACCUCUCCCCAACAGACUGUUUUUUUUUUUUAUAUAUGCAUUCUUCUGAAAUUAGUCCAAUACGUAUUUAAAAAAAGAAAAUAAACCGUCGGUCACAGUGAUGUUUACGUAGGUUAACGUGUGGCUGCAACACGCUUCCGUGUACGGGGGCUGAAGCCUAUCCCAGUGGUUUAUUUCCUUUUUUUUAAUAACAGCAUUGGACUUAUUUUAGAACAAUGCAUUUUUAAAAAAAAAAAAAAAACAUCUGUCACAGAGAGGUUCACCGUAAAUCUCGACAACUUACUCCCCAGAUCCAUGUGUAGAUCCAGUUGUCCAAGACAAGCGGAAGCGAAUUAACAGUCCAGUUUCGGCGAAAACAUCGACUUCAGCAUUAAAUAUGGGUCCUCUAUGCCAAGUAUCUCUCGUUUUUCCACAUCCCUUCGUUUAUUAUCACCUUCUAAACAAAAUUCCGGGCGUCGUGUUACUAGACAUAUUUUCCGACUUAAAAAUUGAAGAAUGCUUUGCUCGACCGUCAAUAUGGCCAGUCACGUGACUUUGGUGACGUAGGUGCACGAGCUCUAUAGAAUUACCUCAAACUUAGGAAUCCCUCUGGAGGAAAAAAAAAUACGAUCAAACUACAAAGUGUAUAUUCAUAGGGUUUAACUCAUUUAUUGGUGCAUAAACUGUGUGCAAACUUUUUUGUCCUUUAUUCUCAGUAGUGAGGACAUCGCAUGUUGUUGUGUGCGUGGGUGAGUAGUUGGGGGGGGUUCUGCUUGCUAAACACCAUUUCUACGCCCAUGUGCGCUGGGGACUUUUUUUUUUUUUUUGCAACACUUGCGUGGGAUUGUGACUCACGCCGAUUUGUUGAUGGCCACAAACGUUCCUGCACACGCACGCGGGCAGUGCGCCCCCCACCCUUCUCCCCUCCCGCGUGCACACGCCCACGGUAGACAUCAGAGCGCACACGACAAGAGGAAGACGCGGCCGGCGGCAGACAGACCCACUGUCGCCGUAAGCCAGGAAAUGCUGUCUUCGGCCGUGGACGCGCUUCCCUCCUCCACGCGCACGUCGAAGCAGAUCUGAUACGAUUUUAUGGCCGCCGUCAGCACGUCCGAGCAGAUGAGAUGAGCAGCCAACAGCGGCCGUCGGUGCUCGCUUUAGCGGCGUUGCUCUUCUGCACGGCUCCGCACGGGACUCACGGCAGCGGCUCGGCAUCGGCGUCGUCGUUCGAGUCCCCAUUCGAGGAGGAUUCCGGGAUGCAGCGCGGGCGGCUCAACCACGACGCCAGGCCGUGGCGGAACUCGUCGAGCCCCGGCAACGCUUCGGCUGCGGCGUCGCUCGAGUGGAGCCCGGCGAGCGGGGCCUCGUCGGCGCUGUGUGCCUACCAAGUCACGGAAGGGGGCAUCGGGGGGCCGCUCUGCUUUCGGCACAUGCUGCUUGGGUACAAGUGUCACAUAGGAGAGUGCAGGUCAGCCGUGUCUUCGGGGAGCCUGGUUGCGAAUAUUCUCGUCAAUGGCAGCGUGUUACUCCAGUGGGGCAGAGGGGGAAAGUUCACAGCGGUCCAGGGGUCACCUGGUCGGACCGCAGAUCCUGGGACAAACUCUUCAAGAGAGGAAAAAGCAAACAGUGUUUUUAGCGGCCGGCGCCACAGGCGCGGGGGAUACGAGUUGAGCUGCUGGUGGAACGGCAGCUACACUCAGUUCGAGUGCGCCGGGGUCCGCCUCGGUUCUGGGUGCAAGGACUUCCUGUUGAGCGAGCUGCACGAGAACAUCCCUUACCGCAUCUGCCUGCGCCCUGCGGACCAGAGAGCGGCGGACCGCAAGGACUGCGUGGAGUUCACCCUGCCGCCGUCCGGGAUGCAGGAUAUCGUGAUCGCCAUGACGACAGUCGGCGGGGCCAUUUGCGUGAUGUUGGUCAUCAUCUGCUUGCUGGUGGCGUAUAUCACGGAGAACAUCAUGAGCCCCGCCACGCAGCACACAUACUCUUACCGCACUCGCUCACGCCGUUGAGCUUCCGCGCCCGUCGUGACCUUCUCUCACAGUUGUCCACGUAGCAACACCGGUCGUGUUUGUGAACUGAAGCACAAGAGUGACUCCCGACACAAAUAAACCUCUCAACCUCUCCAGACAAGCGCUAAACCAAAUUUUACUGAUGCUUGUACAAUGCAACCUCCAAGGUGGAUUCUUUCCGAUUUGAUUCCAAUGUGUUGUCACUUUUAAAAACAUUUGAAGCUUGAUUUGGAUUUUGGUGCUUUAGGGUCAGCGAUCCCCAACCAUUUUUGCACCACCGACGGGUUCCAUGGAAGGACAUUCAAGGGGAAAUCCACUGGUUUGCAUUAACAGUGUA